CUGUAUGAUGGGUGAUAACACCUAUUCCUCUUCUACAGCACAUCUAAUUAUAUUCGGUGCAGCUUACAAUUUUGCUAAGAUCAAUCAUCUCAUUCUGAUAUUUAUUGAAAUAGUAUUUUCAACAUCAGUUGAUGAUAAUGCUAAUAUGGAUGUCAUAAUUUGAAUAUGUUGAGAGCAAAUACUUCAUGCAUAUGUAUUGUAGGGAAAAUGUCAAAGACCCCUGCAAAACGUAAACGUCUUAGAGCAAGGGAAAACGAUGAUGUUCCUGGACCUUCUACAGAACCAGACCAUCAUCCGCUGUCCAGGGUGGUGCCAAUGAUUGACUAUGCGGAGCUGGCAAGACACAUUGUGCAACAACAAGCAAUCCAAGGACAGGCGGAACAACAGUUGGUUACCGAAAACAAUGUACAGGGGAGCCAGCCAGAAGCUGCAACACCCACAAUGACAUCAGCAACAUUGUCAGGUGGAAUCCAUAGUGUGGGGGCUACCAAUGUCCUACCUGGACCACAGUCUGUCUCUCCCAUGGACACCCCCAACAUUUCUAAUGUGGGUUCGAUUUUAGAUGUAGUUUUCUCAGACAGCCCGGUUCCAAGCUCCAUAUUUGGAGCAGUAUCCCACCCCGGUUCCGGAACAUUUAUUGCAGAUUUAACUUCAGCAACAGCUCAUAUUCUGACAGCUUCCUUAACACAGGCAUCUCGAGCUGCAUAUAGGCGGUCUUGGGACCUAUUCCUGAAUUACAAACCAGUUACUAACUUACCUUUGCAAGUCUCUGAUGUAUGCAACUUCAUUGGACAUUUAUUUCAAUCCAAUUUGAGUGCAAGCACUAUAUCAUCACACAUAUCUGCUCUGGGCUAUGUCCACAAAUUGUUCAAUUUGCCAGAUCCUUCUCAAGCCUUUGUAGUAUAGAAACUUCUGCGUGGUUGUCACAAAUUGGCAUGGACUGUAGACUCAAGGCUACCGAUAACGAAAGAUAUUUUAGCAAAACUUAUUGCGGCUUUGUCUCAUACGGUUGCAGCAAAAGCCAACUGCAUAUUAUUAGAUGCUCUGUUUAAAUUAUGCUUUCAUGCAUUCCUUCGCCUUGGGGAAGUUGUUUCAAAAUCUGCAGGAAGUAGCAGUUUGGUGGUGCAGCGGUCAAAUGUCGCCUUUCAAUUUGAGGGUUCUUUACUGAAAUCAGUGCAGAUAGUUCUACAUCAUUUCAAAAAUCAGAAACAUAACAAUCCUUUUGUCAUUACACUUGAGAGCAGCAUAGAUCCAACAAUGUGCCCUGUGGCAGCUCUGCAUCGCUAUUUAUCACAUUUCAAGCAUUCUUCGGGACCCUUAUUCCAGUUCAUAGGGGGAAACCCUGUUACAUAUUCUUAUGUCUCCACUCAACUCUAUGCCGCUGCAACCUUUGCUGGUCUGAACCCAAAGUUGUACAAAGGUCAUAGUUUUAGAAUAGGUGCUGCUACAUAUGCCACAAGUCUGGGUUAUUCUGAGAAUCUGAUCAAACAAUUAGGCAGAUGGAACUCUAAUGCCUUUCGUCGCUACAUAAGAAUACCUGCUUUCAACCUUUAACAUAUUUUCUACCCCAUCCUCUGAUUUUUAUUUUUUUUUUUACUUGG